ACACGCGCGCGCGCGCGCGCGAGGACGACACGGACCUGUCCGAAGAUCCCGAAGACCGCCUCGCCGCGGAAGUCGGAACAGCUGGUCCGGGAGGAAGCGUGGCGAGGAGCACGGAGGACGUAUAGUUGUGCGCGCCGGGCGGCGAGCAACAUGGAGAACGCGUUGAAACGUCGGACUGUCGCGUCGUAAAUCGCGAGCAGAAGCUGGUGUCGUCAUCGUCGUUGUUGCCGUUGCCGCACCGCUUAAAUGACACGGCACGAUGACGCGGUCGAAGAUCCAGAAGCUGAAGUUCUUCAUAUUCCUGCUGAUCUUCCUGCUGGCGCAGACGGCGGUUUGCGAUGGAAGUUUUCGGGAAAAGAGGGACGCGCUGACAGACGUGAACGGGAAGAAUGCUUCCCCCAUCGCGAACGGGAACGCGGAUGGGACGAAUGAGAAGCUCAUUAAUAAGGAUGGUCAGAAAAACGCGCCCGGGUCGCAACUCGCUGACUCGAAGAAGCCGGUGGUCGACGGCAACAGGACGCACGACGUAACCUCGAAGCCGUUGCCGCCGGACAUCGCCGUCGCGAAUAAAACUGCGCACAACGUGGACACAUCCAAUGAGUCCAACGAGGGCCACACGUCCUUCAACACUGGUGCUCUUGUGCGUGGUUUCUUAGUCUUCGUGGGACUAAGCAUCCUUGUCAUGGCCUACAUCGUGUUCCGUAGCUUUAGGUUAAGUAAGACACGCGCCCAAUUGGUUCGAAAAUACGGUGUCCUCACGCACAGGCAGGACGUUGAGAUGCGACCGCUGCCACUGGAGGAGGAGGACGACGAGGACACAACUGUUUUCGAUGCGAGUAACGUUGUAACGAUCAACGCUCAGCAUCAAAACGCAUAAACGUGUACCAUAGUGAAACACACUGUCAUGUUAUUAUAUAUAUAUAUAUAUAUAUAUAUAUAUAUAUAUAUAUACGUCAUCCAUGUAAUGUUCUGGACAUCAUGUGAUUUUAAUAACAUCCGACUAACUUUAUCGCAAUCUCUGAAGGUAGGUACACAAGAGGACUAUCAAUUGUGAGACAGAUUAAGACAUUUUUCAAUGAUCUUAAAAAGUUAUUUGCUUUGCGCAAGAUUAUUAACAUCAAAUAUGCAUCCAUGAUGCACUUAUCAUUAACGUAUUGUGCUUGUUAGCGAUAGAUGUACUUUUCCUAAAAAAAAACAAGCAAAAACAGAAAAAAAUUCAAAAUAUUUCUACCAACACUCUCCACCCUGUUAAUAUUGCUAUGUGAUAACACAAAAUUUUAGAUAUAUAUCAACUGCGAGCUAAUGAGAAAAAAAUGGGUGGUUGUAUCUCUACUCUUAUACAGAUUAUAUUUUAAUUAUAAUCUACGUUGUUAUAAUUAAAAUUAUACAAAAAGA